AUGACCACACCAUCUCCCGUCGACCUCAUCCUCAUCUUCCGUACUUCACCCAAAUCCCGCACUGAGUCGGAAGAUGCAGAACGAGCAUAUACCUCUCUCCUCUCCCAGCUCACCGCAGGUGGGCUCGAGGCUGUCGGCAAGUCCGGCGCAACCCCGAGCGAGCUCCUCAUUUUUGUUCGCUGCUCAUGGGACAAGAUGAAGGAGCUCGUGGACCGGCAGAGAACCGAGGAUUUCCUCCACAGUGUAAGCGCCGCUAGUAUGCCUGCUCUCGAACGACCCGUGGGUGAAGCCACAUUGACCCCUGCGGACCGACUGCGCCUGCUUCAUUCAUACAUCACCACCAGUAUUCCCGACGGCGGACUCGGAAUUGCACCUGGCGCGUCUGGACACGAGCGAGUGAAGGGCAUUAUGGCCCUCAAGAACAAGCAGUUCGAACACGAAUGGAUUCGGAGCUGGACCUUAAGUCGCCUUGGGGUGUGGAUGAGCGAUGCCGAAUUAGGGCGAGUCAAAGACGAAUACGGAGAAUCCGUUGCACUCUACUACGCGUUCCUUAGCAGCUACGCGCAUGCUCUUCUCAUACCAAGUUGGUUGGGAGGCGGGGCUUGGUACUUCAAUCUCCCUUACUCGCCUUGGUAUGCGAUCCCACUUUGUCUGUGGAGUAUCUUCUUCGUCGAGUUAUUCCGACUGCGCGAGCGUACCUUGGCCGUGCAAUGGGGAACCCGAAACUCUCAGAGGGUGGAACGCCGGCGUGCGGAAUUCAACGGCACCAUCAACGAGGACGGUGUGGAGAGCUUCCCCUGGUGGCAGCGAGAAAUUCGCAAACUAGCGUCAAUCCCCGUCAUCCUCACCGAAUCCUUCGUUCUGGGACUCGUACUGACUGCGAUAUUCGUAUUCGAAGCUUUCGUUACCCAGAUCUACACUGGCCCGGGCCAUGCCUACGCCGGCUACAUCCCCACCGUCAUCUUCCUCACAUUCAUCCCCAAGCUCCUGGAGAUGUAUCAAGCAAGUGGGAAGGCGCUCACCAACUGGGAAAAUCACGCGCAUCAAAGCUCCUACGCGACCAGCUUGACGCUCAAAACGUUCACGCUAUCGGCCGUGGUCGCCUACCUAGGCUUGUAUCUCACCGCAUUCGUGUACAUUCCAUUCGGUCCCAACGUCAUGGGCUGGGUGUAUACCAAGGUUCUAGCGCUACGGAUGUCGACAGACAUUCCGCCCACUACCGCAAAUACAAUGUCCACCGAUGCGAAGGUGGUCAAUGGUACCCGGUUUGACUCGCUCUCUAACGCACAAGCCAAAAUCCGCCCCGAUCGUUUGCAUAACCAGAUGUUCGCAUACACGGUCACAAAUCAAGCCGUCAACUUCGUUAUGGAAAUUGUCCUCCCGUACGUUACUCGUGCUGCCAGCAACUUGCAGCAAGGCAAAGGGCUGUUGGGAAACAAGGGUCUUGUCACCCCGGAGGAGCAGAGCAUCUCUGUGCAAGAGCGAGACCUUCUCCUUCAAGCACGGGAAGAAGCCGCAUUGCCCGACUACGAGCUCUUCGGCGAUUAUGCGGAAAUGGUAACCCAGUUCGGGUAUGUCGUCCUCUGGUCCGUCGCUUGGCCGCUCGCACCGUUUUGCGCUCUGGUGAACAACUGGGUGGAGAUCCGCUCGGAUGCCUUCAAGCUCACCGCGCAUUAUCGCCGCCCACUGCCCAGCAGGACGGAGAGCAUCGGCCCCUGGCUCGAUAGCUUGUCGUUCCUCUGCUGGCUUGGGGCUUUGACGACUGCGGCGCUUAUAUUCCUCUUCAAGCCAACCGAGGAGAACAUUCCUCCUGUGCAUGGAUCUGGCCUGGGAAGUCAGUUCCUUACCACUAAGCUCGCUCGCGCCCAUCUGCCGAGCGAGACAGAGACGCUUAUCACUGCGGUACUCCCCGCGCUGUUGGUUGCGCUGGCCGCAUCACACGCCUUCCUUCUCGCGCAGAGCGCCAUACGUUUCGUGUUAGAAAAACUGCUCUGGCAAGGGUCUCCCGCACAGGUCGGCCUGCGGAAGCGAGAGAGGGAGGUCCGCUUGCUCUGGGCCCAGAAGUCCGUCGCCACUGCAGGAGGGAGCAAUCCUGAUGAAGUAGGACGGGAUCUUGGUGCUGCUGUGCCUGAUCCUACAGAGAAUCGCGAGGAUGAGUGGAAAGGGUUCUGGGAGAGGGAAGAGGGACUGAGCGAGAUCAGGAGCAAUAUUAAGACGGCUUAGGCGCCGACAUUUAGGGGCGGAUGAUGGACUUCGUGAACAAUAUGAGAGGACACUUAGAGCUUGACUAUUUUGUGUAUGUAAUUUGUGUAUAUACUAUGUUU